AUGCCUGUCCCUCCCAUUGCUGAAGAUGCUUUAGAUUUAAUUGGUAACACACCAUUAAUCAAGUUGAAUAGAAUUCCACAAAGCUUUGGUAUUAAAGCCAAGGUUUAUGCUAAGGUUGAAUUAUUCAAUGCAGGUGGUUCUAUUAAGGAUAGAAUUUCCAAAAACAUGGUUUUAGAAGCCGAAAAGCAAGGUAGAAUCAAGCCAGGAUAUACCUUGAUCGAACCUACUUCGGGUAACACCGGUAUUGGUUUGGCCUUGGUAGGUGCCGUUAGAGGGUACAGAACCAUUAUUACAUUACCAGAAAAGAUGUCCAACGAAAAAGUUUCAGUUUUGAAAGCUUUAGGUGCUGAAAUUAUAAGAACUCCAACCGAAGCAGCCUGGGAUGCCCCAGAAUCGCAUAUUGGGGUCGCCAGAAAAUUGGAAAAGGAGAUCCCUAAUUCUGUUAUCUUAGACCAGUAUUCGAAUGAGGCUAACCCUAAUGCUCAUUAUUACGGUACAGGUUAUGAAAUUUGGGAGCAAACUAAUGGUAAGGUUACCCACUUAAUAGCUGGUGCGGGUACUGGUGGUACUAUUACCGGUAUUUCCAAGUACUUGAAGGAAAAGAAUUCAAAUAUUAAAAUUAUUGGUGCCGAUCCAAAGGGUUCUAUUUUAGCUGUACCAGAAUCUUUAAAUGAUACAAGUGAAGGUUACUUAGUUGAAGGUAUUGGUUACGACUUUAUCCCUGAUGUUUUAAAGAGAGACAGGGUUGACUCCUGGAUCAAAACCGAUGAUUCUGAAUCUUUCAAAUUAGCAAGAAGAAUUAUUAGAGAAGAAGGUAUUUUAGUUGGUGGUUCGUCGGGUUCUGCAUUACAAGCCGCAUUAGAAGUUGCCAAGGAUUUAACUGAAGACGAUACCGUUGUUGUCGUUUUCCCUGAUUCAAUCAGAUCUUACUUAACCAAGUUUGCCGAUGAUGAAUGGAUGACUACUAACGGGUUCCCUAUAGAAGAAAAUGAAAGUGCAUCCCACAAAUCUGAUGAAGUCUUGAAUACGACAACUAUCAAGGAUUUGGUUUCUGGUAAGGCACCAGUUGUUACUGUUACAUUAUCUGAUACUGUUGGCAAAACUUUUGAUUUAUUACAAACUAAUGGCUUCGAUCAAUUACCAGUUUUGAACAACUCAGGUAAAUUAGUUGGAUUAAUCACUUUAUCUAAGAUUUUGAAAUCUCUUUCUACCAAGAAGGUCCAAAUCACUAAUUCUAUUUCGUCAAUUAUUAUUGAUUUCAGAAAAUUAGCUGAUUUUGAAAAAUCCUUCACAAUUACCAAGAAGUCUGGUUUCACUAAGAGAAGUUACGAACCAAUUACAAUGGAUACAUCGUUAGCCUUAUUAAACAAAUUCUUCGAAACCAACUCCAACGCCAUUGUGACUGAUGCGGAUUACAAGCCAGUCCAAAUUGUUACGAAGGUUGAUUUAAUCUCGUACUUGACAAAAAUCUUAUAA